CGCCCUCCCCUGUUUGACCGGCCCAGCCGGCCCUCUCUUGGUCUCUAGUAGUUUCCACGGUGCUGACGCAUGCUUGCGCACACAACCCAGUCUGGCGCGUCGUACGCAGCAGCCGCGAGCGGGGCUGCGGGUGCCAGGCGGUUUCCCCGCGGGGGGCAGGGGCGGGACUCCUCGCAGUGGAGGUGCGGCCCCAGCUGGGUCAGGUUGGGGACCUCAGAUCGGGUUGCUGGAGUUAGGAGGUUCGGGUAGGGCUCUCUGCCGCGAGAUGGCCUUGGGCACCGGCCUGCGGGACUAGAUAAGGCUGCGAAGGAGCCUAGUCACCGGCUGCAGGCGCGGCUCCCCGGGCCGGCUGCCACCUCUCAGCGUCUCCUGUCCGCCGGGGGCGGGCGCUGCGGCCGCAGGGAGCCGCGGUACGUCGUCAGCCUGACCCCUUCUCUCCCGCAGCCCGGAGGAGGACCGCCUGACGGCUGAGUUGCCAUGGCAUCCUACUACGAGAUUCUAGACGUACCGCGGAGUGCGUCCGCUGAUGACAUCAAGAAGGCGUAUCGAAAGAAGGCUCUGCAGUGGCACCCAGACAAGAACCCGGAUAAUAAGGAGUAUGCUGAGAAAAAAUUUAAGGAGGUGGCAGAGGCCUAUGAAGUACUAUCUGACAAGCACAAACGGGAGAUCUAUGACCGCUAUGGCCGAGAAGGGCUGACAGGGGCAGGAACUGGUCCCUCUCGACCGGAAACUGGUGGUAUGGGACCUGGUUUCACCUUCACCUUCCGUAGCCCCGAGGAAGUCUUCCGGGAGUUCUUCGGGAGCGGAGACCCUUUUUCGGAGCUCUUCGAUGACUUGGGCCCCUUCUCGGAACUCCAGAACCGGGGUUCCCGACACUCUGGCCCUUUCUUCACCUUCUCUUCCUCCUUUCCUGGCCACUCUGAUUUCUCCUCCUCGUCUUUCUCCUUCAGCCCUGGGGCUGGUGCUUUCCGCUCUGUUUCUACAUCCACUACCUUUGUCCAAGGACGCCGCAUCACCACGCGCAGAAUCAUGGAGAACGGGCAGGAGCGGGUAGAAGUGGAAGAGGAUGGACAGCUGAAGUCAGUCUCCAUCAAUGGUGUUCCAGAUGACCUGGCUCUGGGCUUGGAGCUGAGCCGUCGUGAGCAGCAACCUUCAGUCACCUCCAGGUUGCUGGGCACACAGGUCCAGUCGGCCCCUGUCCCCCGUCGCUCUGACAGCGACCUUUCUGAAGAUGAGGACCUGCAGCUUGCCAUGGCCUACAGUCUGUCAGAGAUGGAAGCAGCUGGGCAAAAGCCAGCAGGUGGGCGGGGGGCACAGCAACGACGGCAGGGGAGGCCCAAGGCCCAGCACCAAGAUCUUGAUAUGGGGGGCGCGCAUAGGGGGGCAAGGGGCGACGCAGCCAAACCCAGCCCAUCCUCAGAGGAGAAGGCCUCUCGCUGCCUCAUUCUCUGAAAGCCA